ACCAAACUCUCGAGGCCGCAACAUGCGGCAGCCUUGAACGCAAAGGGUAUCGGAGUGGAAGCUAAGGCGCGUGCCGCAACUGGCUGGCUGGCUAAAUGGCCGAUGGGAAGCGGACUCAGGCAAUGUCUCGCCACCAUCAGCCUAGCCAGACAAAUGAACCUCUAAGAGCACGGUUUGGGUCCAGACUCAUUUUGUCGAAGACUCACUCGCCGCCUCACCCACAGGCCGGGUGUCAUCAUUCUCCCCAGUCGUAUAGAGCGAUCAAAUACGUGAAUUUGCGACAUCGCCACAAUGCGCCUUACAGUCCAGGUACCCGAGUAUCUUCGGUACAUAUUAGAAACAGAUAUAGGUACUUUGAUAUCUCCCUCGGAAAGCUACGUGCUGCCAUCACGAAAAAGGAAGUUGCUGCAAAAAGCCGCCAAGAGAGCACAUAUCUAAUCCUUGCAAGGUGUAUCUCUGACGGCAAGUGGAGGCGCCUUUGGUACAUACCACUGCCACUGCCACUGCCACUCCUUCUGCCAUUGACUCUACGGGCAGCAAUAUGUCAUCGGGCAUGGGUGGCCAAAGACCAUGGCGCGGGCGGCGGGAAAGCUUCCUUGGAGUCGGCCAACGGUUCUGGAGGUGGCCGAAAGGCCUGUCCACACACACACACACACACGCAGGUUCCGGACCAUCACGAACACGCACCACUCUCGCGUGGCCGAUCAGGGUACCAGCGGAAAGCGGACUAGGAUGGUCCAAGGACGGCACCACAGAACGGACCAUGCGAGGGAAAUCAUUCCCAGAUGAUCCGGAUGGGCGGUAAGGCCUCGGUGCGUGCAGUGCAGCGCACGGUUUUGGACG